UUCCAGAAUCCACACUACUCUCGUUUUCACCCGAAUUGAAAUCACUCACUUACUUCACUCCAUCGUUCACCAUCAUCAUCAACAAGAACACUGAACAUUCAUAUAUACCUUUUCCACAAGUUUAUAUGACACAGAAAAUGUGGCCUUUAAGCUCUGAAAAGAACAACAGCAGCAGCACCACAAGCGCCACCACCAACACUGCCGUGGCAACGAAAUCCAUGGUGUCAGCAUGCCACUGUUGUUGUUUGGUGACGAAACUGAUGAGGAAACUGAAGAGACGUGGGCGCACACUGCGACCGAAAAGUGCGAGUCGACAAGGUUCGUUCCAAUGCCGCUAUGAUCCGUUGAGUUAUUCCUUGAACUUUGACUCCACCGGAUGUGGCAGCUUAAUGGAUGAAGAUUACUACAAGUUCUACGCUUUCUCUUCCAGGUUUGUGGCAAAUCCAAGAACAACUUCUUCAUGCCCCGUUCUUCAACUACAAUCAGGGAACUCCCAUUAACCACCACAAUCAAUCUCUUCACCUUUUUCUUUCUCAAACCCUCUUUCCAAUGAUAUAAAGAUGGGUAUUGUUGGGAUCUAAUGUCUACGAGCUUCUUCCGUAACAUAUAUAUUGAAUCUAUCAGUUUUCUUAU